CACAAUGACUAUAGAAAUGCCGGUUCUGGGGCGUCCGUUUUCCCUUGGGAUGCUGUAUGAUUGCCGUAAUGAUACGCUCAUUCCAGGGGCUCAGUGAGAGAUGAGCAGGACACCUGGAGAUAUUCUGUGUCAGGCUCUGGAAAAUCUGGACCAAUAUGACUUCAAGCGAUUUAAGUCCAAGUUGUCUGAUUACUCCUAUGAAGGACGAGGCCCCAUCCCACAUGGGCUUCUGCAAAAGGCAGAUUACAUUGACACAAAAGACCAUCUCAUAAAAGUAUAUGGAGAAGAAGCAGCUCAGGAUGUAACCAUACAGGUUUUAAAACUGAUCCAACUUAUGGGACCUGCUGAGGAACUCCAACAGAAAGUGACACAAGUUGGUAGGAGGGUAAGAGUGGAUGAGCAGCAAGCAGCGUUCAAACAGUGUGUGGAUCUUGCUGAGUCAAAGGCUAGUCCAGGCUACAGUGUCCAAGAAUCGAGCUCUACGAGAACAGGACCAAGAUCUAUGGGUGUAUGUACCCCGCACAGUGAAUCAGGGGCUCAGUGUGAGAGCAGUAGGUCACCUGGAGAUAUUCUUUGUCGGGCUCUGGAAAAUCUGGACCAAUAUGACUUCAAGCGAUUUAAGUCCAAGUUGUCUGAGUUCUCCUAUGGAGGUCAAGACCCCAUCUCACGCGGACUUCUGCAAAAGGCAGAUUACAUUGACACAAAAGACCAUCUCAUAAACGUUUAUGGAGAGGAAGCAGCUCUGGAAGUGACCAUACAGGUCUUAACACUGAUCAAACUUAUGGGACCUGCUGAGGAUCUCCAACAGAAAGUGACACAAGCUGGUAGGAGGGUAAGAGUGGAUGAGCAGCAAGCAGCGUUCAAACAGUGUGUGGAUCUUGCUGAGUCAAAGGCUAGUCCAGGCUACAGUGUCCAAGAAUCGAGCUCUACGAGAACAGGACCAAGAUCUAUGGGUGUAUGUACCCCGCACAGUGAAUCAGGGGCAAUACAUUUUGUGGAUACAUAUAAUGAGAAACUCAUCAAGAAUAUAAGUAUGGUGGCUCCAGUUCUAGAUAAGCUGCAAGGUGGGCUCCUUACAGGUGAACAGUGCGACAUGGUGUUCAGUAAAGGUACAACCCAGAACCAGAUGAGACAACUACUGAAGUAUGCCAGGGGCUGGAGCAAUUCUAACAAGGAAAAAUUAAAGGAGGCUCUGAGAGAAAGCAACCCAGGCGUCAUUGAAAAUAUAGAAAGUACAUCCUAAUCGGGGUCAUAAUAUCUUAAGCGCUGCGUUUCGUCAUAUCUGAAGAACCACCACAAUGCAAGAAAGAAGGUCCGUCUGCAAAUAACUAUAAUGAGGAAAAAGAAAAACCAAAAGGGAAUUUGUUUUAUGUAGCGAUCUUCUCACCUUGUACUCACACUGAGGCAGAUUGGCAAAACAGAAGAGAGUAACCCAAGUAACCCCACUUAUCAUUUCCGAUGCAUUUCAUUAUACCAAUUAGUAACUACUGCAAAUCAUAUUACCUGUACCUCACACUUUCCUUCCUUGUAUGGACACACAUCAGAGUAUAUGAAGGCAUGAAUGUGGCUGUACAGGUAAGGAUAAGCGCUGGUGGCAGUGUUUAUAGGGGACACCUGGCGAUCUUGUCUGUGUGUCUGACAUUCCUGUCAUCAUAAAAUUAUGUAGCAGUGCUCCUACCAGUGAUUGUAGGAGGAGGCACCUGGUAAUCAUGUAUGAUAUUCCUCUCAUGAAAUGAUUUAGCAGUGCUCCUACCAGUGGUUUUAGGAGGAAGAACCUGGUAAUCAUGUAUGACAUUCCUCUCAUGAAAUUAUUUAGCAGUGCUCCUCACGGUGACUAUAUGAGGCAGUAAUCAUGUCUGUGUUAUCCAGGUCGGGAAGGUGGCGACGUCUGAUGAUGUCAUCAAAUCAGUCCUUCUAUUAAGUAUGUAAGCCCUUCCCAUUCAAGAAAACAUUGCAGACCUUUCACAAGUCAGGAAAUAGGGGAGAGAGGGCAUUAAAGGUGAUCUAUCUCCCUUAUCCUGUUUCCACACUCAUGGGCACACUUGUUUGAAAGAGGGGAGUUGUCGCUUUCAAACAAUGGGGUCUAUUUACUAAGCCUUGGAUGGAGAUAAAGACAUGACAGCUAAAAGCUGAUUGGCCAGUCAUUUAUCUCCGUCCACUUUAUCUCCAUCCAGGCUUAGUAAAUGGACCCCAAUGUGCCCCCUCAAUAAUUAUUGUCUGCUGAUUACCCUAUACUACAGAUGGGGGAUUCUAAUACCCAGAUCUCCCACAUACUGACAUCAAUAUAUACAGGGGUCCCCCCAUUUAAUGUGGUAGGUUGUUUUGUUGGGCUACCAUGUAAUUAAUACACAUUUUAUCUGUUUCAUUGAAACAUAAAAACAAAUUGCAUUACCAUUUGCAAUGGCAUAUUUUAUUAAGAAGAUUUAUGUGUAGAAUCCAUGGGGGUAAUUCAGACCUGAUCGUAGAUGUUCUAAAUUUAGUACAUCUACGAUCAGUUUCUCUGACAUGCGGGGGGGCACCCAGCACAGGGCUAGUCCGCCCCGCAUGUCAGGCCUUGUGUCCCCCGCACUGGUGCAAAAGCUUCACACAGCGGCGAUGCCUUCGCACAUGCCAAGUAGCUCUCUCCCUGCGCUACCUGCUACCCCCUGCUUUCUUGCAGAGGCCGCAUGUGAUUUUACGCAGCCGCAGGUGCCCACCCACGCAACGGUCCCGACAUGCCUACUUUGUCCAGACUGCACCCCACCAUUAACACGCCCUCUCCCACCCUGCGACCACCACUGCCUGUCAAUCUGAUGCACGUGCGCACUCCCCAAAGGGCUUCUGAAUUAAGCCCAAUGUUUGUACUGUUUUAUAAAGGUGGAUUAAUGCCAAAGCAAGAACCAUAAAUCAUUUCUUGGUGGAAGCGCCUUGAGUCCUGUUGGAGAAAGAGCGCUAUAUAAAUAAUUAUUAUUAAGUUAGGAAAAAAUUAUUUUAGUUUUUUUUCGAUAAAUUUCUUUUAAAAACACUUCCUUGGCCGUUUUGGAUAGACUUUCUUUGCCAGAUGAUGAGAGAGGCGCAUACGAAAGAUAUUUUCUGGAUAUUAUAUAAGUCAUUUAAAAAAACAAAAAGCUGCAUAAAUAAUUAUUGAUAAAGUGACAAAAAAAAGGCCCGCUAUGACGGGGUUACUAUGGGAUGAGGCACCUGGUGAUCAUGUUUGUGUGUGCGACAUAACCCUCUUCAUGACAUUGUGUAACAGGAGAUCCGAACAAUUUGCCGGCUGUCGGGUUCCUGGUGGUCAGGAUACCGACGUCGGAAUACCGGCUCAUCAAGUCUUUUCCCACUUGUGGGUGUUCACGACACCUAUAGAGCAGGAAUAGAAUCUCUUGCGAGUACAGCGAGGCGAGCGCAGCGUUUGCCCUGCUGCCGGCAUUCUGCCGAGCGGGAUGCCACUGUUGGGAUACUGACAGCCGGCAUCCCACCCAGCGGGAUUACGUAUGUAUUCCGUGUAGCAGUGCUCCUAACAGUGACUAUACGGAGGGGGCACCUAAUAAUCAUGUUUGUGUGUGUGACAUCCCCCCUCUUCAUGACAUUGGCCCUCAUUCCGAGUUGAUCGCUUGCUAGCUGCUUUUAGCAGCAGCCGUGCAAAUGCUAAGCCUCCUCCCUCUGGGAGUGUAUCUUAGCUUAGCAGAAGUGUGAACGAAAGGAUCGCAGAGCGGCUACAAAAUAAUUUUGUGCAGCUUCAGAGUAGCUCCAGACCUUCUCCUAGUUUGCGAUCACUGCAGACUAUUUAAUUCCUGUUUUGACAUCACGAACACGCCCUGCGUUCGGCCAGCCACGCCUCCGUUUACCCAGCCACGCCUGUGUUUUUAUCUGGCACGCCUGCGUUUUUCCACACACUGCCUGAAAACGGUCAGUUACCACCCAGAAACACCCACUUCCUGUCAGUCACUCUGCAGCCAGCAGUGCGACUGAAAAGCUUCGCUAGAUCUUGUGUGAAACAACAUCGUUCUUGGUAAUAGUACGACGCGCGUGCGCAUUGCGCCGCAUACACAUGCGCAGAAGUGCCAAUUUUUUGCCUGAUCACUGCGCUGCGAAUGAAAGCAGCUAGCGAACAACUCGGAAUGACUCCCAUUGUAGCAGUGCUCCUAACAGUGACUAUAGGAAGAGGCACCGGGUGUACAUAUUUUUAUGAAUUUAUAUUUUUGCCGAAAAAUCAUCACUUACUUUAUUGCUUUCUUGUUUAAGAGCUUUCUGUAUACUUUAUUUCUGGGGAAUUUUAGCAUAAAGAAUUUAUAUAUGUAUAAUGUACAGGUACUUUAGUCUAUGCUCUUGUAUUUUACAUGAUUGUGUUUUUCUUAUAUUAAUCCA